AAAAGGCUAUCAACAAACAUACUACAACAAAAACAGAAGGUGAUCAAAAAACAACUCUGUCAAACUCUGUUAUCAGUUCUAUCUGAUAUGCUGUCACAUUCUUUUUUCAUCACAUUGGUUUAACAAGUCGCGUCUUAAGAGAAAAAGGAUCGAGAAGAUAUUAAUAUACUUCAGCAACACUUUCAGUUUUAAAUUUGUAAAUUUGAAAACUUGCUGGUAUUUAAAUUCAAUCGAGCAUUCAUUCCUGAUCGGCAGUUUGAUCGAUUACAUUUUUAAUGCACACUUUUAAUAUAGAAGACAGGUACAACGUGUAGCAUGCAUGAUCCUUAAAUUGUGAAAAAAAAUUUCAAACUGAUUGGAUCAACAAGUUUGCAACACCCGUUAACACGGGAUGGUAUUGAUAGCUUUUGGAAAAUGCCGUACGCAGAACACAUCAUGCAUGGGCAUGCCUCGUCGGUUAGUCAAAGUGCAUUAUUCGGAUGCUCUACUGCGGGGCACAGCGGCAUUAAUCAACUUGGUGGGGUCUAUGUUAAUGGAAGACCUUUACCAGAUUCAACUCGUCAGAAAAUUGUGGAGCUAGCACAUUCGGGUGCGCGGCCAUGUGAUAUAUCUCGUAUCUUGCAAGUUUCAAAUGGCUGCGUUAGCAAAAUAUUGGGCAGAUAUUAUGAAACCGGAUCGAUAAAACCACGCGCGAUUGGUGGUUCAAAACCACGUGUUGCCACAACUCCAGUUGUCCAAAAAAUUGCUGAUUACAAACGCGAAUGUCCCAGUAUUUUCGCGUGGGAAAUUCGGGACAGAUUACUCUCGGAGCAAGUUUGCAAUAGCGAUAACAUUCCCAGCGUAAGUACAGAAAAUUGUAAUUUUAGCUUAUACUCUAGAAAUAUUGAAUAAUUCUAUGUUGUAAAAAAAUAAGUCAGAAUCUGAACAUGGCAGACAGAGCAAAAACUCUGCGUAUAGCAG